GAGAACGAUGAGGACUGGUGCAGAAAGAUCCAGAGUAAGACGUUCUGCUGGUACAACAGUCAGUGGCUGGGCAUGGUGGAGAACCGCCAGCUGGACGGGACCACAGAACCUCAGCAGUACGAAGUGGACCAGGACUUCCUGGAGAGGCCCGACUUGUUCUCCACUGCAGAUGGGAUCAUCUCAGCAGACGGUACCACGGGUCCGGACCAGUUCUUCCCUGACUUUCAGAACAGAGACGAUGGAGAAACCAAACACCUGAGCAGCUCAGAACUCCUCCCUGCUCCCUGAAGGCCACACAGACACAGCUCUGACCUUUCUGCAGGAGGCGGCCAGCUUCUUCUUGAUGAAGGG